AUGGAGGCCUCGUGCUUGGAAUUAGCUCUGGAAGGGGAGCGGGCGUGCAAGGCAGGAGAUUUCCCUUCCGGAGCCGCCUUCUUCGAACACGCAGUCCAGGUGGGGACGGAGGAUCUGAAGACCCUCAGCGCCAUUUACAGCCAACUGGGCAAUGCCUACUUCUAUCUGAAGGACUAUGCCAAAGCUUUGGAGUACCAUAAGCACGAUCUCACGCUGGCCAGAACCAUCGGGGAUCGGAUCGGAGAGGGCAAAGCCAGCGGCAAUCUUGGCAACACGCUGAAAAUCCUGGGUCAGUUCGACGAAGCCUUGGUUUGUUGCCAGAGGCAUCUGGACAUCUCGCAGGAGCAAGGAGACAAGGUGGGGGAGGCCCGAGCUCUGUAUAACAUCGGCAAUGUCUACCAUGCCAAAGGCAAGGAGGCAUUGUGGACCCUGCCCCAGGAGGAACCAGGCCAGCUUCCCCAGGAGAUUCAGGAGGCUCUGAAAAAGGCAUCCGAAUUUUACAAGAAGAACCUUUCCCUCGUGAAGGAGUUAGCUGACAGAGCUGCGCAGGGCCGGGCUUACGGAAACCUUGGCAAUGCCCACUACCUGAUGGGCAACUUCAGCAAAGCGAUCGUCUUCCAUAAGCAGCGGCUGAACAUCGCUAAGGAAUUUGGAGACAGAGCCGCCGAGAGGAGAGCGUACAGCAAUUUGGCCAACGCUCAUAUCUUCCUGGGAAGCUUCGAUAUUGCCGCAGAGUAUUACAAGAAAACCCUCCACCUCUCCAGGCAGCUGAAGGACCAAACCGUGGAAGCCCAGACAUGCUACAGUCUUGGAAACACGUACACCCUUCUUGAAGACUACGAGAAGGCUGUGGAAUACCACCUGAAGCACCUGGCCAUUGCCCAGGAGCUUGGAGACAGAGUGGGAGAAGGAAGAGCGUGCUGGAGUUUGGAGAAUGCUUAUGUUUCACUUGGGAAGUAUGAACAGGCAUUACACUUUGCAGAAAAACAUCUCGAAAUCUCCCAAGAGAUUGGGGACCCCACUGGCGAGGUGACAGCAUGCACAAGCAUUGAACAGCUGCGAUCGACGUUGGGCUCGGAGCAGAGCAGUGAGGGGACUGAUGCCUCGGUUUCUGCCGGAUAUGAAAUCCAAGGCGCCAGGCCAAAGUGGGCCCAAGCAAACAGCAUGAGCAACCUGGAGCUCCUGAGGUUCCCUUCUGAAAAGGAUCAGAAUGGAGAGACCCUUCACUUAGGAGACCUUGGAAUAACUGGGAAAGAUUCCUUGCCUUCCUCUGCUAGCUCCCAUAAAUAUCGGCAAAACCCGUCGUUGUUGGAGGGUUACGGUGAAUCUCCUCUGGAAGCCAGUGACGUCCAAGUCCAGUUAUCCCAGCUGAAAAUCAAGCGAGCCCCUUCCAGCGAGGACUGCUUCUUUCACCUCCUGAGCAAAUUCCAGAGCAAUCGGAUGGAAGACCAGAGGUGUCCUUUGGAGGACUCCCAGAGGGAUGAAGCAGCGGCUACCCUUCUCCCUGCCCUGGAAGAAACACAGACUCAGUCCAUGGCCUCCCCGCAGACCGAGGAGCUCUUCGACCUCAUUGCCAGCUCCCAGAGCCGGCGGCUCGAUGACCAGAGGGCCAGCGUGGGGAAUCUGCCCGGCCUCCGCAUCACGCCCAGCAACCUCGGUCACCUCCGCAUGGACGGCGAGGCCCAGGAACCUGGCGACGAAUUCUUCAACAUGCUGAUGAAAUGCCAGUCCUCCCGCCUGGAUGACCAGCGCUGUGCCCCGCCCCAUUCCAUCCCCCGUGGCCCCACGGUGCCCGACGAGGAUUUCUUCAGCCUCAUCCAGCGGGUCCAAGCCAAGCGCAUGGAUGAGCAGAGGGUGGACCUGGCUUCCGGCGAAGAAGACCAAGCUGAGGAUUGAGCUCAGAUCACCAGCAAAGGCCCAGCUUCAGUUAGGCCAGAGCAAGCGUCCUGCGGAGGGAGGGACUUCUGAAUGCUGCCCCCAGCUGAAGAUCUGGGCCGUGGCGCUCGGUGCAUUUCUGGGGGUGGGCAAUGCCUCUCUUGUGCACUGUCUCCCCCUGGAGAACAUGGCACAGGCGAGAGUGGCAAGCAGAAUGGGUGGGCCCUUUCUGCUGACCAAGAGGCCUGUGGGCCAACUGGGCGAGAUCGGCAACUAUGAGGCAUCUUCUCUGCUUGAACAUCAGCUAUGAAAACCAGGCUCAAGAACUGAGGAAAGGGAAGGUCUGCACCAAGGAGUCUGGAUCAGGGCCACGCCCCAAGGGGCUGCUGGAGGGAGGGGUUGACACCUCCACCCCCCACCCUGAAAGUCAGGUUGACUCUGCCUCUUUAGGCCCGGAUCCUGUGCCAAAUCAUCAGCAGCCAAGUUGGGUAUAUGAAUUGAUGACAAUCAGUGACUCUGUGUGUCUGUGUGCAAACCUUGCUUUCGAAAUAUGCUUUUGGGUGCCCUUUUAUCUCAGGUGCAAUCUGAUGCUGGUUGGAAAGGUGCUAGGCAGGAGACAGAGGGAAGCAAACAUCCAGAGCCAGGAUGUAAGGUUUCGGUUAAUUGGGUGGAAAUCGGGUGGAACCCAUGAUUACAAAUGGCCUUUGACUUAUGACCGCAGUUGAGUUCAGAAUCGUGUCAGGUGGCCGAUUUGCUCAGCGACUGCUGGCUCCUGGCUCUCCCAGUUGUAGUGCUUGGACAGGUUAUUAAGCAGAGCUGGGGAGGGGGCUCAUGGGGUGGGGGAGAUCCAGUGCAGGCUAUAAGGCUGUCCAGUAUGCAGAAAUCUUCCGCAGGCUACAGGGCCCACUUGGCUGAUCCGGCACCACUUGUAAAUUACUCCACUCCAAAGUGACAAUAAAAUCAUUCUAAGUCUAGUUCUCUCACCUUUAGUAUUCUGCAUCUCUAUAGAAACACGGUAGAUGGGUGGGGGUAGUUGCCCCAGUUCUUAAAGCAAGGUGGGACGUGAUCAUUUUGCUUGAGCCUCGGUGGCGCAGUGGUUAGAGUGCGGUACUGCAGGCUCCUGCUGCUGCCUUCCGGCUGCCUGCAAUUUGGCAGUUCAAGUCUCACCAGGCUCAAGGUUGACUCAUCAGCCUUCCGUCCUUCCGAGGUGGGUAAAAUGAGGACCCAGAUUGUUGGGGGCAAGAGGAUGAUUCUGUAAACCGUUUAGAGAGGGCUGUGAAGCGGUAGAGAAGUCUAAGGGCUCCUACUUGUUAAGAUCCUUAAGUGGAUUGAAUCCCAGGUUAGAUGUGCCAGGAAGGCUGGGGAAAUCCUGGUGUGCCCGAGGCAGGCCGUGCAGGAUGGCAGAUGCUACAGUGCAUCACAAAGUUUGUGUCCAGCCCACUAGGAUUGGGAGGUAGGCCUGUUAUCACACAAAAGUCUCUCGUUUUGCCAUUCCUUUCCUAUUACCGUCAGGCGUGCCCAGCCUGUGUGUGGCAAGGUCUUCUUACUGAGGCUGCCUUGCGCUGCUCUCCAAGUGGUCUCCAUUGCCAUGAUCCUUCAGAAGUUCUUGGAGUUUUGCAUGCUCAUUUCGUGGGCCAGAGGAGGGGCAGGUGGGGAAGCUGCAGUGCCCUUGUGGGCAGUCAUAAGGUCAGGCAGAGUGCGGAGUGUUGAAUUUUCCUUACGUGGCCCCAGGAGCCAUGGGCAUAACCUCAGGGACGGGUUAUGUCCCUUCAUUCAGGACUGCCAUAACGAAUGGUUAAAUGCGGGCUACCUCUAUAGCUAUUGCGGCCAUCACAAAAAUAAUAUUUUUAGUAACCCAUUGAAGGAUUUUCAGGCAAAACAAUAAAAGUUUUUAGGCAGAUUCUG